AUGGAAGUCGGCGGCGGCGGCGGCUCUUCAGCGGGCGGCGGAUCAAGGCGGCGCGGGGCGGAGAAACCGUACAAGGGCAUCAGGAUGCGCAAGUGGGGGAAGUGGGUGGCCGAGAUCAGGGAGCCCAACAAGCGCUCCAGGAUCUGGCUCGGCUCCUACUCCACCGCCGUCGCCGCCGCGCGCGCCUACGACACCGCCGUCUACCACCUCCGCGGCCCCACCGCCAGGCUCAACUUCCCCGGCGAGGUCGGCCCCGCCCCCGCCGCCGGGGGAGACCUCUCCGCCGCCGCCAUCAGGCAGAUGGCGGUGGAGGUGGGCUCCCGGGUCGACGCCCUCCAGGCCGGCGCCGGGGACCCGCCGGCACCGCCCGGCCGCGGGGACCACCCGGGGACCAGGUCCUCCUGGUUCCACCACGACCUGAUUGACCUGAACAAGAAGCCCGAACCCGAGGAACCCGACUCGUCGGAGAACUGGUGA